AUGACCCCCCUCCCCCCUGUCAUCAGUGACAGUUACACCCCUGUCCUCAACAUGACCCCCUCCCCCUGUCCUCAUGACAGUUACACCCUUCCCCCUGUCCUCCGUGACAGUUACACCCCUCCCCCUGUCCUCAGUGAAAGUUACACCCUUCCCCCUGUCCUCAGUGACAGUUACACCCUUCCCCCUGUCCUCAGUGACAGUUACACCCUUCCCCAUGUCCUCAGUGACAGUUACACCCUUUCCCCCCCUGUCCUCAGUGACAGUUACACCCCUCCCCCUGUCCUUAGUGACAGUUACACCCUUCCCCCUGUCCUCAUGACAGUUACACCCCUGCCCCCUGUCCUCAACAUGACCCCCUCCCCCUGUCAUCAUGACAGUUACACCCCUCCCCCUGUCAUCAGUGACAGCUACACCCCUGUCCUCAACAUGACCCCCUCCCCCUGUCCUCAUGACAGUUACACCCUUCCCCAUGUCCUCAGUGACAGUUACACCCUUCCCCCUGUCCUCCGUGACAGUUACACCCCUCCCCUGUCCUCAGUGACAGUUACACCCUUCCCCCUGUCCUCAGUGACAGUUACACCCUUCCCCCUAUCCUCAGUGACAGUUACACCCUUCCCCAUGUCCUCAGUGACAGUUACACCCUUCCCCCAUGUCCUCAGUGAUAGUUACACCCUUCCCCCUGUCCUCAGUGACAGUUACACCCCUCCCCUGUCCCUAGUGACAGUUACACCCUUCCCGCCCUGUCCUCAUGACAGAUACACCCCUCCCCCUGUCCCCAGAUACACCCCUGUCCUCAGUGACAGAUACACCCCUCCCCCCUGUCCUCAGUGA